AUUAAUUUGUUUGAUGAAUGUUGGUAUUACUGGUAAAAUAGAAAACACCAGGAAGAGACGAAAACACCAUUCCUUUUUUACAUGUAAGCCGCAGUGCUAUCACCACGUGUUUGAGUGAAAUUAUUUUAACAUUUUAAGGAUAAUUUUAACUAAGCAAAAAUGCCAUUAGCAAUUGACUUAUUGCACCCAAAUCCAGAACAACAGCGUCGGGCACAUAAGAAAAAACGAUUAGUACAACAUCCAAAUAGUUAUUUUAUGGAUGUCAAAUGUCCUGGUUGUUAUGCAAUUUCAACGAUAUUUAGCCAUGCCCAAUCAGCAGUACCUUGCAAAGGAUGCUCCACAAUUUUAUGCACAUCAACCGGGGGCAAAGCAAGACUUACAGAAGGAUGUUCAUUCAGGCGUAAACAACAUUAAGUAUUUAAUUCAUAAAAAAUUGUAUGUUAAGAAUAUCCUGUAAAUUAAAUUUUGCUAUAAAUAAAAUGGAAACUUAACAAA